UAUUCCCAGUACCUUACUCCGUAUUGUUCUUCCAUUCUUCCCUACCCGGUGCUUCGUAAGUUGGCAGCAAAGCAUCCCUUUCCUCCGGUAUGCCAAUUGCCUUCUCUGCUUCGAUUUGACUUCGCCAUCUGUUCCACAGAAUUCCUUGCUUCUGUGACCGGCUUCAACCAAUCACUUCAACCUGCCACGGCCCGGCGACACGGUCCAUUUCAAACAGAUAACUGUACAACUGGGAAACUCCAGCCUUCAGUAUCUUGAUUUCAACCAACCCAUCCACCUCGACUGACCUCGCCCGCCUGCUGCCUCUCCUGUUCCCAUCUCCAGGCCUGAGAGCCUCUCACCGAGAUGCCUCUCUCCGACUAUUUCAGCACUCCCAUCUCUUUUCGAACUCGAGAGAUCCUUGGAGCGCUGGUCGCUCGAGAUCAAGGUCCCUUGGUCGGCAAUGCCAUCGAAAUCCUCAAGAAUAAGGCCCCGGCGCAUUCGGGGCAUCCCAACUUCGGUCACCUCACCCUCCUCGUCUUCGAAGCCGUACUCGAGGUCGUCUGCGUCAGCCUACCUGGCUACAUCGUGGCAAGACAAGGCAUGUUCGACGCCGAAGCACAAAAGUUCCUGGCCAACCUGAAUAUCAUACUAUUCACACCCUGCCUGAUCUUUCAAAAGCUGGCCUCUCAGCUGACAGCCGAGAAACUGGCCGAUCUGGCUAUCAUCCCAGCCAUCUUUGUCAUGCAGACGCUGGUCUCAUACCUGGGUGCCAGAAUCAUCGCAAAAUUUUGCAAAUUCAAGAAGAGACAGGAGAAUUUCCUCAUAGCUAUGGGCGUCUUCGGGAACUCCAACUCUCUCCCCAUAUCCCUGGUGAUAUCGCUCUCAAAAACAUUGAAAGGAUUGCAUUGGGAUAAAGUGCCACACGACAACGACGACGAAGUUGCAGCUCGGGGAAUCUUGUAUCUGCUCAUUUUUCAGCAAUUGGGCCAGCUGCUGCGCUGGAGCUGGGGCUACAACGUGCUGUUGGCACCGCCAGAAGCGUACACAGUGGAACAAGGCGGCACCAAACAAGUCGAUGAGGCCGAAAGAGGACGAGGAGAAUACCGAGAGGAUGUAGAUUCAGAUCACGAACAACGACGUUUGCUAAGUCCAAGCUACGAUGAGGAACGAGACAGCAGUGACGAGUUCGAGGAUGAUCAGACUCAGGUAGGGACAGAGUCCCCAACAACGUCCAAAUCUGACGGUCUGAAGACUCCUCGUGAUGGUAAUAGAUUCUCCGCCAAAUCCUCAAGGAACUCGUCACAACGCGAUCUGAAUGGACCUAAUGGUGCUCCGGAUCUUAUGCCUACUCCUACAAAUGGGAUGGUGGCGCCACAUCAUCAGCUUGACUAUCCCGCCUGGCUCAAAGCACCCGAGAACCAAAAGUACGACGAGGAGUGUGGUGGUAUCAAGGGACACGUCAACAAGGCCCGCAAUUGGGCAAGAUACCAUGCUUUGAAGACUGCCCACAGCAUCCGAUGCACGUCCAGGUCAGCUUUCGAGUCGUUUCCGCAACCCGUUCAGAAGGCUCUCUCAGCCAUAUGGGCGAGAAUCUGCAGGUUCUUUGCAGGACUGUGGGAGUUCAUGAACCCUCCUCUUUGGGCUAUGUUGAUUGCGAUCAUUGUUGCCUCAAUCCCGACAUUGCAGCAUCUUUUCUACGAUGACGGAACGUUCGUUCGCAACUCGGUGACACGAGCCAUCGACCAAAGCGGCGGUGUUGCAGUCCCGCUCAUUCUGGUCGUCCUCGGAGGCAACCUUGCAAAGAACACGAUACCAAAGGACACAGCGGGUGUCAUCACUGACCCGAAAGAAGAACGGAAACUGCUGUAUGCGUCGUUGAUCGCUCGCAUGGUCCUCCCUACCGUGGUCAUGGCUCCUGUCAUCGCCUUGAUCGCCAAGUACGUUCCUGUCAGUAUUGUCGACGACAAGAUCUUUGUUAUCGUAGCAUUCUUGCUAUCCGGAGCCCCAGUUGCUCUUCAGAUUGGGCAAAUCACCACUCAAAACAACGUUUACCCUACUCUGAUGAGCAGGAUCUUGUUCCAGAGCUACGUCAUCUGGAUUUUGCCCUCCACAUUGUUGUUGGUGCUCCUUGCCCUAGAGACUGUGGAAUGGGCGACUGUGUAAAGUAGGAACACGCAUGAGGGCAAAGGCGGCUCUAUUGCAGGGAUGAUGGGAUCAACAGUGCAGAGAAGCAGCAGCAGCACAUAAUUACAUUGUCUUGGUCAUUCGGUAGCAUGGGCGCAGGUUGGUUUUCUAGUUGGGUUAUGGAUAACAGGCCAGUACCACAAGUGAGCUGUAUCGAAUAUGAAGAGUCAGUCACCAACAUGAUUAUUAUCCAACAAUUCACAUUCCCUCAAAG